AUGAGCAACUUUCUAUCACCAACACAGAUGAUGAAAACUCCUCACAAUACUACUGAAACUAAAGCAUCACCACCAAAGCUUCGUAAAUCUGCAAUAGAGAUACAGGAAAGUCCAGAAUCCAUCUGUGACAGUGAAAAGAGCCACAAGCGGUUGCAUGAGGACACAUCAAAUUCUGGACCUAUAGCUAAAUAUCCUAGACUAGAUCCCACUACAGCACCAAAGGCUCGACUAUCUCUUUUUAACUGUGAGAGACUUAAAGAAAUUCUUUCAGCAAAAUCUUUCUAUGGUAAAACAAAUCCUCAAUUAAACACUAACAUUACGGCUAAGUUAUCUCAAGCUAUACAAGCUACAGCCACUCACAAGCACAGACCAUUCCGCUCUCAUACAAACAGGCGAAAGCGUCAACCAGGUCAGAUAAAUAUGGGUGUCAAGCACAAGAUUCGAAAGCCAAAACCCCUUAAGAAAGCAACUGUGAAGAGCAAUGAGAUUGUGCUAAACCAGUCCACAGCUACGGUUUCCACUACUAAAGACAUGUCAAUGAGUGCAAAUACAUCCCAGGAAAUGGAGCAUGAUAAAACAGAUCCAUUUGGCUCAGAGAAGCAAACUAUAGAAGCCCUACUCAGCCAAUGGACAGAAGAGGAUGUACCUGAAACGGAAUUGGUUCGCACUGAACUGCCAUGUUUCAACAGCACUGUUAUUGAAGCUACAAAUCCAAUAUUUCAACCAGUCAUCGCCGUGCCGGUUAAUAGCACAUUACCUCAAGACGAGGCUGUGAUUGUUGAAAUUGGAGCUCAAGGGCUGUCUACCCAAGUACCAAGUACAAUUCAAUUGCCAGCAAGUUCAGUUGAAAAUCCAUCAAGUUCUGAUCAGAUGCCAACAACUUCAGUUCAGUUGUCAGUGAAUUCUAUUCAAGUAACAUCAGGCUCUGAUGUAAUGGAUGUUGAGAAUACUGCUUUAAACAGUGCUAAUCUUAAUAAUCACCUACUGUCUGAUGGAAAUUAUAUUGUGGUUGAUGGAGUUGUUGUACCAGGUCAACAAGAAAUCCCAGAUUUAGACGAAAUAGAGCGAGAGAUAAGAAUGUUGGACGAACAGAUACUGAAAAUGGCCGAAUGCAACAACAUUAAUGCCGAGGCAGUGCUCGCCUCAACCGAAUCUACUCUAGAUACACAACCAUCAAAGUCACCGGCAAAGGAAAACGCGACAAAAUUAUUCCCGAUCUUCACAAAACCAAACUCGGGAUUAACAAAUCCUGUACCAAAAGAUUCAACAGAGAAAAGAAAGAAAAUUCUCAAGACUGGGCUAGAUCAGUACAUAAUAGAUGCUGGUCAAAAGAAAUUCGGUGCGAUCCAGUGCACGGAAUGUGGCGUAAUUUAUCAGAUUGGCGAUCCUCAAGAUGAGCACGACCAUCUAGUCCAUCACAAUGCUGUUGAUGUUCUUAAAUUCAAUAUGACUGAGCGUAAGAAAAGCCUUUUCGUAGCUGAAACUCCUCCAAAACAAGAGUCCUUGACGAAGCAUAGAACUUUAGCUGUUGUGGAUAGUGAAAGCGACAGCGAUGACUGCGACCUAGGUAUUAUCAGUACCCUGGAUUCAAGUUCCUGCGACGAAAAUGAUCCAAAAACCCCUGAAAAGUCUAUUUGGCAUGGGACUAGAAGUAACUCUCGCAGGCUGAACCAGACAACAGACUUGAAGAACUUCUUAAAAUCUCCCUUUACCCUGAAGAAGUAUCAAACUAGGUAUUCUUGUCCAGAAAAAUGUACAAGCUCCCUAUCAACACCAGCAACACCCCACUUUCAAAACCACCCUGGUACACCUUCAUCCACUCAUUCCUGCACCAGUGUUCACACCACUUCAUCUACCUCAAGCCGAGCACGAAAGAGUCUUGCUGGCCUUAUAGCAGAUACAGAGAGCUGCAGUAGCUCUUUAAAAGAUCUGAACUUUGACACAGACUCAGGCACUGACUCUAAAGAGAACACACCUACUAAAUCUCUACGACGAUCAAAACACACACACAAAAUGACACCAAAAUUGCAGAGCUUCAAAGGUGUUUUGAUGGAACAGAAAAAAAAUGACUCUCCAAUCAAGACAGCUGUGGUCUGCCUAACAAAAAUGGACAUGAGCAACUUUCUAUCACCAACACAGAUGAUGAAAACUCCUCACAAUACUACUGAAACUAAAGCAUCACCACCAAAGCUUCGUAAAUCUGCAAUAGAGAUACAGGAAAGUCCAGAAUCCAUCUGUGACAGUGAAAAGAGCCACAAGCGGUUGCAUGAGGACACAUCAAAUUCUGGACCUAUAGCUAAAUAUCCUAGACUAGAUCCCACUACAGCACCAAAGGCUCGACUAUCUCUUUUUAACUGUGAGAGACUUAAAGAAAUUCUUUCAGCAAAAUCUUUCUAUGGUAAAACAAAUCCUCAAUUAAACACUAACAUUACGGCUAAGUUAUCUCAAGCUAUACAAGCUACAGCCACUCACAAGCACAGACCAUUCCGCUCUCAUACAAACAGGCGAAAGCGUCAACCAGGUCAGAUAAAUAUGGGUGUCAAGCACAAGAUUCGAAAGCCAAAACCCCUUAAGAAAGCAACUGUGAAGAGCAAUGAGAUUGUGCUAAACCAGUCCACAGCUACGGUUUCCACUACUAAAGACAUGUCAAUGAGUGCAAAUACAUCCCAGGAAAUGGAGCAUGAUAAAACAGAUCCAUUUGGCUCAGAGAAGCAAACUAUAGAAGCCCUACUCAGCCAAUGGACAGAAGAGGAUGUACCUGAAACGGAAUUGGUUCGCACUGAACUGCCAUGUUUCAACAGCACUGUUAUUGAAGCUACAAAUCCAAUAUUUCAACCAGUCAUCGCCGUGCCGGUUAAUAGCACAUUACCUCAAGACGAGGCUGUGAUUGUUGAAAUUGGAGCUCAAGGGCUGUCUACCCAAGUACCAAGUACAAUUCAAUUGCCAGCAAGUUCAGUUGAAAAUCCAUCAAGUUCUGAUCAGAUGCCAACAACUUCAGUUCAGUUGUCAGUGAAUUCUAUUCAAGUAACAUCAGGCUCUGAUGUAAUGGAUGUUGAGAAUACUGCUUUAAACAGUGCUAAUCUUAAUAAUCAGUUACUGUCUGAUGGAAAUUAUAUCGUGGUUGAUGGAGUUGUUGUACCAGGUCAACAAGAAAUCCCAGAUUUAGACGAAAUAGAGCGAGAGAUAAGAAUGUUGGACGAACAGAUACUGAAAAUGGCCGAAUGCAACAACAUUAAUGCCGAGGCAGUGCUCGCCUCAACCGAAUCUACUCUAGAUACACAACCAUCAAAGUCACCGGCAAAGGAAAACGCGACAAAAUUAUUCCCGAUCUUCACAAAACCAAACUCGGGAUUAACAAAUCCUGUACCAAAAGAUUCAACAGAGAAAAGAAAGAAAAUUCUCAAGACUGGGCUAGAUCAGUACAUAAUAGAUGCUGGUCAAAAGAAAUUCGGUGCGAUCCAGUGCACGGAAUGUGGCGUAAUUUAUCAGAUUGGCGAUCCUCAAGAUGAGCACGACCAUCUAGUCCAUCACAAUGCUGUUGAUGUUCUUAAAUUCAAUGGCUUAAAAGACGAGUACUUAGUCGAACAGACCCCGACGGGUCGUAUUAUCCGGGUGAGAGGGGGUGAUCCUGGCUGGAAGAAGGUCCUGUCGGUGCUGGACAGGGUGGUCCACCCUCAGUUGGGUUACAGCUCUCAUUUACCCGGGGAUGUUUACAGCUACACCGCGUAUAUAUAUGUAGAAAAGAAGCAAAUAAUCGGUUGUCUGGUUGUUGAACCUAAAUCUAGAGCUUACAAGUUGCUUCCUGGCGAGCCAGAUUGCUGUACCGUAGAGGACUACCCAGUUAAGUGCGGCGUAUCGCGAAUAUGGACGCACGCAAAAUUCCGCAGACGCGGUGUCGCCGUGCGCAUGUUGGAAUGCGCGCGCGCAUCUUACUUCUACGGAAUGGCUUUGACACGCGAUGAACUUGCCUUUUCUUCGCCCACGCCGUCGGGCAAAGCCUUAGCUACUAAGUAUUGCGGUACGGAAAAUUUCUACGUGUAUUUGAAUUAG